GCUUCAGGCUUCAGAAAUCCAACAUGAUGCAAUCAGGACUUUCAGCUGUUUUCUUCUUCUUGUUGGGCUUGUCAUUUUGCCUGACGAUCCCUAUUCCCCUUGAAGACAGCCAUGAAUUCACAGAAAAGGACCUUCAGUUUGCAGAGCGCUAUCUCAGGACUCACUAUGAUCUCCGUCCGAAUCCUGCUGGCAUAAUGAGGAAGAGUGGAAACACAGUGGCAGCUAAACUUCGGGAAAUGCAAGCUUUUUUUGGCUUGGAGGUGACAGGAAAACUAGAUGAGGAAACAUAUGAGCUGAUGCAGAAACCAAGAUGUGGUGUCCCAGAUGUAGGGGAAUAUAACUUUUUCCCUAGAAAACUCAAAUGGUCAAAAAUGAAUUUGACAUACAGAAUUAUGAAUUACACUUCAGAUCUGAGACGUAAUGAAGUGGACAGAGCUUUCAAAAAAGCAUUUAAAGUUUGGUCUGAUGUGACACCACUGAACUUCACCAGAAUACGAAGUGGUGUAGCUGAUAUCAUGAUCUCCUUUGGCACCAAAGAACAUGGUGACUUUUACCCUUUUGAUGGACCCUCUGGAUUACUGGCACAUGCUUUUCCCCCGGGACCAGACUAUGGAGGAGAUGCUCAUUUUGAUGAUGACGAAGUUUGGUCAGAUGAUUCUAAAGGCUAUAACUUGUUUCUUGUUGCUGCCCAUGAAUUUGGUCAUUCACUGGGACUUGAACACUCUAGAGACCCUGGAGCUUUGAUGUUCCCCAUCUAUACAUACACUGGAAAAACUGGUUUUGUGCUUCCUGAUGACGAUGUGCAAGGGAUCCAAGAGCUCUAUGGUCCUGGAGACAAAGAUCCCAACCCAAAACAUCCCAAAACACCAGAUAAAUGUGAUGUAGAAUUAUCACUUGAUGCAAUAACAGAACUUCGUGGAGAAAUGCUGGUCUUCAAGGACAGGUUUUUCUGGCGACUUCACCCUCAGCUGAUUGAGGCAGAACUGGUGCUACUUAAGUCCUUUUGGCCAGAGCUUCCAAAUAAAAUAGAUGCAGCUUAUGAAAAUCCCAUUAAAGAUCUUGUGUUCAUGUUUAAAGGAAAGAAAGUCUGGGCUUUGAAUGGCUAUGACAUAGUUGAAGACUUCCCUAAAAAGAUAUAUGAAAUGGGAUUCCCAAAAGAAAUGAAAAGAAUAGAUGCAGCUGUCCAUGUCAAAGACACUGGCAAGACUCUCUUUUUUACUGGAAAUAAGUACUGGAGUUAUGAUGAAGAGGCAGAGGCUAUGGAAGAAGGCUACCCCAGGCUGAUGGAGGAAGAAUUCCCAGGAAUUGGUGAUAAAGUGGAUGCAGUCUAUGAAAGAAAUGGUUACCUCUACUUCUUCAAUGGACCACUGCAGUUUGAAUAUAGCAUCUGGAGUCAAAGAAUUGUCCGUGUCCUGCACACUAACUCCCUCUUUUGGUGCUAAUUACAGCUGAGUUCCAUGUCAUAGGCUGCAGAGCAGCCUGUAGCACAUGGGAAUAUUAAUAAAGUGGGCAUUUAGGUUUACCAAAAGACAGCAAGGUUCUAUGAACAAGUACUAGGCUACCUACCACCAAAUGUACACUGUAUACAUGGACUUAC